AUGGAAUGUUCAUAUUCUACUUUUACACGACAUAUUCCAUCUUAUAUUAUUUCACCAAAACCCAGUGAUUGGGGCACUUGUUUAUGUAUGACAUGUUUAAAUCCACAACUAAAAUCUGAAAGAAUUAAUCAAUUGAAAAAUGUAAAUCCUCUUUUGAAUUAUUUAUCAUCGUUGUUGACAAAUGAUUUAACAUCAAUUAUUAAUGAUGAAAAAACAGUGAAUGAAAUUUUAGAAGAAUUACAUAGACUGAAAAAACUUCAAAACCAUAUGGAAUAUGUUCAUGCUCAAUUCAAAGGUGCAAAAUUUUUUCGACAAUCAGCAUUAACAAAUAACAAUGUUGUAACGUUGCAAAUCGAUUGGUCAGAAAAUUAUCAUUUAAAACAAGUGCGAGAAGAACGCUGUGAGUUCCUUUAA